AGCCGGGCGGCGGCGGCCGCGGGCUGAGCGUGGCUUCCCGGCGGCCGGGCCCGCUUCCCCGGCGGCAUGGCCGGGGCCAGGAGGGUGCUGGCGACCCUGCGGAGUCACUGGAAGAAAACGGCGCUGGGGGCCGGCCUGCUGGGCUGGGGGGCGAGCUGGCUGCACGGCAGGCACCGCGAUAACCUGCUACGAAGAGCUGCGUGCCAAGAAGCCGAGGUUUUUGGCAACCAGCUGAUUCCUUCCAGUAUGCCACUGAAGAAAGCAACAGUGUUCCUCAACCCAGCAGCUUGCAAAGGUAAAGCCAGGAACCUUUUUGAGAAGAAUGCUGCUCCAAUUUUGCACUUAUCUGGCUUGGAUGUAACUGUGGUUAAGACUGAUUAUGAAGGGCAAGCAAAAAAGCUGCUGGAACUGAUGGAAAACACAGAUUUGAUCAUUAUUGCAGGAGGAGAUGGCACAGUACAAGAGGUCAUAACUGGACUUCUCCGCAGAGCUGAUGAGGCUGCUUUCAGUAAGAUUCCUAUAGGAUUCAUACCACUUGGAAAGACCUGUACUUUGAGCCACACGCUCUACCCUGAGAGCAUGAACCAAGUUCAACAUAUUACUAAUGCUACAUUGGCCAUUUUGAAGGGAGAGACAGUUCCACUUGAUGUCUUGCAGAUCAAGGGAGAAAAGGAACAGCCUGUGUUUGCAGUGACCGGUUUAAGAUGGGGAUCUUACAGAGAUGCAGGAGUGAAAGCUAGCAAGUACUGGUACCUUGGGCCUCUGAAAACUAAAGCAGCUCACUUUUUCAGUACUUUUAAGGAAUGGCCUCAGAAACAUCAAGCUGAUCUCAUGUACCUGGGUCCAACUGAGAGACCUCCAGAAGAGCCAGAGGAGAAACCAUCCAGACCUCCUUUGUAUGUGAGGCUUUACAGACGACUUCGCUUAUACUGGUCACCUCCCCCAAAAGAAAUCCCCCAGGAGGCAGCCCCAGAGGACUGGGAAGAACUGAAAUUAUCCACCAUUGAGCUUUCCAUUGCAACUCAGAACAGACAGCUUGAUCUGACACGCACUGAAGACUUCAUGGAUAUUUGCAUUGAAGCAGAUACUGUCAGCAAGGGACAGUUUGUGAACAGAGGAAGUCAAAAGAUGCGUGAUCCACAUACAUGCCCUGAAGGGAGUCAGUGCAUCCAAGCCAGCAGAUGCAUCUUGCAGCUUCCAGAGGGCACUGAGGGAUCCUUUGGUAUUGAUAACGAGGAAUAUGAAGCUAUGCCUGUCGAGGUGAAGCUAUUACCCCGGAAACUCCGGUUCUUCUGUGAUCCCCGAAUGAGAGAGCAGAUGCUCCGUGCGGCAGUACAGUGAGACUUCAUGUCAAAGGGGCCAGUGUUCACCAGUCUUAUCAGGUUCUCUUCAAGGCACAUCCUCACUAAAUGGAUUAACCCUACCAGAUUAAUGAGCCAAUCGGCAAUUUUAUGCACAAGAAACUUCCACUGAAGGUGGCUAUUUGGCUAGUCUCAAAGGGGCUAAUAAUGCAAAUUAAAAUUCUAAGAAUUGCAUGUUAACUUGAUGGCUUUUUUUUUUUUUCCUCCCCUGAAGAAGUCAUCAGUGUUCCAUUUACAGCACUGCAGGCUAAGUGCUAUGUGCCAGAUGCUACUGCUUUAAUGCAAUUGUAUAUUAAAGUAAAAUGAAAGCACACUUGUCCUUGUGUUGUAAGAGUUUGUCUACCUAUGUAUAAAUCUCAAGAAGGCUGGGAUCUUGGAAAAAAAAUGUUUUGGGGGACUAAUGCAAAGAAUGUAUAUGAAAUGUUGGAAUUGCCAUAUUAAAACAGGUGAUUGGUUGUCUACUCUGUUGCAAAAUAAAUUGGAGAUCAGGGACACAAAGCUUCAGAGGAAGACUGAAAACUUCCAGUAUGUAUCUUGGUAAGAUGCUUACAUCAUCUUUUCAUCUUGCUAGAUUCAACACCAUAGAGCUCCAGUUAAUAACAUAAUAGAAACAUAUUCCUUUGAUUAAGUUUAGGUAUGUUACACUGAAGCAAAUUGGAGAAUAUCAUCAUUGACCUGAGGCUAUAUGGAGUCCACUUGGAAAGACUCUUUAACAAGCCAACUGAGCUUGUAAGUAUUCCUUUUAUUCCUGUAGUAAUAUGGUACAAAUGAAGGCAUCCAAAUAACUUUUUUUAUUCAUUGUACUUGGUUGCUCUUCUCUUUAAUGUAAUCACUGCUCAUCAUUCCUUAUGCAACCUAUAUCCCCUUGAGCCCCAGUUCCAUAACCAUUUUUGUUGAUUUUCUGAGUUUUUUUCUAAUAGCUUCACUUUUAAUUGCUGAAAGGAAAUGUUAUUGACUUCAUCAAGGUUAUCUGAUAAAUAUCAUUUAUUUGAUUCUGCCUUGCUUACUUGAGAACAAAAAUAGAUUGCUGUUUUUCUGAUGUGAUUGCUGUUUGUACAUAGCCCCCAUGUCUAAUCUAAGUUCAUCUGUUGGUUGAUUUGUUACUGUAGUCGAAGGACAUUUGUGAAUCGACUUCCAGUAGCAUUUUUUUCUCUUUAAUAUGUAGCUUGGCUCCAUGCUGCUGCAACAGCACCCUCUUUUGGAGGCUUGCUAAGGAAAAAAAAUCCUUUGGAGAAGAAGGAACAGGUUUGGUUUCUGAGUGAUGCUGGAACCAAACUGCAUGCUGUCCUUCCCUUGGCUAUAGAGGGGAAAAACUAAUUGCCUACAUACUUAACCUUUUUUUUUGACUGAGAUAUGGGACAGUAGAGGUCUGUUAGUUGUUCUUAAUAAUUGUGCUGGUGAUAAGGGCCUGUGUUGAACUGUCAUUUGAUCUGCAGCAAUCACGAGUACCCAGCAGACUCCUGGGUCACUCAGAAACAUUGGCUGUAUUCUGCUCUUUUUGUCUGCCACAGAGUUAUCUGGAACGCUCUGCAGCCACUGUUGGGGCAGUUCUCACCAAGAGAGUUUUCCCUCAAGCUGAUUCUUGCUCAAGUAGCAUGAAAGACAAGGCUGCAGCCAUUUCAAAAAGGUAAGCUUUAAUUAUUUUUAAAAAUACCCAUGUUUUAGUAAGCAGUUUCACUACACAGCCACAGGCCUAUGGGAGCAACCACACAUCUGCGAGAUGCAAAUAACAUCAGAGCUCUUAUAAUGAUAGCCAGCCUGUUUGAAGGGGGGCAUGAUGAUAAGAACCAGCUUCUGGUCCACCUGGACCAUUUUUAAGGGGAAAAUUACUCUCUCCCUUCCCUAGCAUCAGAGACAUGGCUCCUGCACAGUGUGAUUCCUUGCUCAAGAGUAACUAAGAGCUCCUUUCAGAACUGGUAUUCCUAAUGCUGUUCUGAUGGUAAAAGUACCAAGGAAAGUCUGAGAUAUGGGCCAAUAUUUAAAUAUUGAUAUCCACGUAAGUUAACUAGCUUAUUCAAGUGAUUUUUUUUCCCCUUCCUUUACAAUUUGGAGGUUUUCCAGUAUGGAGUGGUUGUAGAUACCUGAAUUGCAACAUUCAAAGGGGAAGGUGUGAGCAAAUCAUAACGUGAAAUAAGCAGAGGCUGAACCCACUGUCUACGGGGUUGAAGAAAGGACUCUCUUCUUAUUUUUGUCUGACAGCAAGACAAACAACUUUUUUUUUAUUAACUCUAAGGCAGUAAGGAGGAGUCCCACUCCAUGAGAACACUUAUUCUGGCUUCAACUUACAGUACAUUCUAGAAGGGCUUAAAAUACUAUAACAUAAAUAAAAAUGAAGGAUAACAACCUAAUAUUAGACUAGCCCAAGGCACCUGUUUAUUUUAACCACAAUUAAACAUUUCUAUUUGAAUGGCAUGUUGCAUUAACCAGGAUCUGAAAUCCUGGUUCACUGGCAUUUAUUACCCUCUGGUUUAGACAGACAUCAUUCCAUGAAGUCGGUACAUUCCAGUUCCUCGCAAAAGAUGCGUGUUGUCAUCUCUCACAAUCACUACUAGACCAUUAUCUUUGGGGAAAGAGAU